UUCCGUGGGAAGGUGGGAUUUAAGAGGGGAGGAAAAGUGAUGGAGAAACCUGUGGGUAUCAGACGAAGAAGUUCUAAGUAGACAGAGCAGUUCCAGCAGUUCCACAGGUGGCAGGACGGCAAGUGAGGGCUGGAGGGGAGGAGAGAUGAGCAAAUAGGUCAGAGAGGUGACAAGGUGGGUGGCCUCCAGUGUCCCAGGCCUCAAGUGUGGAGCUGCAGUUUUGGCAGAAGAAUCAUCUGACCUGACAAGUUUUCAAGGGUCACUUUGACUGCCACAUUGAAGAGAAGGUGAAAGGAGGCAGGGGAACCAGUUGGGAGCUGGCUGUACCAUUAGUGGAGAGGCCUUAGUGCCUUGGACUGGUGUGGUGGGGGUAGAGGUAGGUGUGUGAGGGUGACCAAAAGUCUUCCCAGGUCUGUGAGCAGCAAGUCUGAAGUUUGGUGUGAGCACCUGGAGCGGUGGCCUUGCUGUUCUGUGACCUGGAGAAGGCUGUGGGUGGAUCUUGUAUUAGUUACUAUUUGCCGUUGAACAGGUUACCCCAAAACUUAGAAGCUAAGGAAGGAGGAGUAUUUCUCAGUUUCUGAGGGCCCACAGUCAGGAGCAGCUCAGCAGAGCAAUUCCUGAUGGGCUCCCCACAGGGCUGUGGUCCUCUGGGGCUCAGCUGGACUGGAGUUCUGCCUGCACUGCUAGCAGGAGGCCUCCACUCCUCAGCAUGGGCCUCAACAGCAUGACAGACUGCCAGAGUGAGGCAGGUCCUCUGAGACCAGAGCUUGGCCUCAGAUGCAACUGCUAUCCCUUCUGCGGUUUUGUGCUGGUCCUAUUGACCAACCCUAGUACAGUGAGGGAGGCGGUGCAGAGCUGCUUCCGGUGCUGGUCAGCUGAUUCCUCAGCAGGUGGCCGUUUAGAGCAGCAGGUAGAGAUGGGAGUGGGGUCUGGGCUGGAGGCAGAGUUGGGGUCUUUAGCUUAUGGGUGGCGUCUGCCCUUUGAAGCUGGUAUAGUUACCCAGAGAUAGCAAAGGACAGGGCCCUGGGGCACCUCAGCUUUGCAAGGUAGAGACAGGAAGAGUUGGAGGACCUCGGCCAGGGCAGCAGGAAGAAAGGCUGGGGGUGCAGCACAUAGGAGAAGGACACUAGCGCCUCAGGUGGAACAAGACCGGCGGGGGCAAGUGGGGUGUAUGGCCUGACCUGAGGAGGAUGGGAGGCCCUGAGAAGGAGGCUUGGUAACAGUGAACCCAGACAACAGUCUGGAGAUUCAUGCAAAAGAAAGCAAAGAAAUGGGUUAGUAACUGACAGGGAACGCAGGUUUUUAAAGAUCAGAGAAAUGGCAGCUCAUCUGUGCGUGGAAGGGAGCAACCCAGACUGCCCUGAAAGGCACUCAGCCCCCAGGAUUGCGGUGAUCCUUCCCUGUCCGUCGUUAUGAGACAUGCAAAGACACCAGAUGUGGUAGUUCUUUCCUGGCCCUCUCAGGACAGCAUCAGCAUGAGGCAGCAGGGUUUGGUGGUGCUGGGGGGAGACUGCUGUGUGCACACUUGCUGCCCAGGAGGGACAGCCUGGUCUGUCUUGUGCACACUCCCGUGGGUUGGGUUUGCACAGGACACAGCAGCAGCAGGUGGUCUUGUCUCUCUCUAUCCUUUCCACUCCGCCCCCAAGUGGCCAGCCCAGUUUUCCUGGUAGUGUGGUGACCUCAGGGUAGUCAGCCUUCUUUCAGGAAUUCAGGGCCUUAGAACACCAAGGUGAAAGCUGCCAGUCAUCCCAAGAACUAGGUCAGCAGGGCACGGUGUGCUGACCACCACACCUGUUCUUCAGAGCAGACCCCAUCCAGGUCCAUAUGUGGCUGUCUUGAGUCUGUCCCUGGAGUCUAGUAUAAGUGCAGCCUUGCCAGUCCUGCCACAGUGGGCACCCUGAGCUGGCAUGGAGAACUCAGGGCUGGCUUGCUUUCCUUUUGUCUUCUCUCUCGAGCUCACACGAUCUUCCUGCUUCAGCCUCCUGAGAGCUGGACUACAGGCAAGCACCUCUGUGCCUGUCUCUCUGCACUUCAGGGCCUAUCUCCCCCCGCCCCCCCCUUACUGAGUAUUGAACCCAAAGCAAGUGCUCCACCACUGAGCUCCAUUCUCAGCAUCCCCCCCCCACUUUUUUAAAAAAACUUAAAAAAGUUUUUGAGGUACGAUAACCCUGAGGUCACCACACUAAGUUGCCCAGGCUGGCCUCAAACCUGCCUUAGCCCCCUGAGGGUUAGAUUUUGGGCAUGGCCACCUUGCCUCAUUUCCAGCCUUCGAGCCUCCCGGUAGCUGCAGCACCUUGGCUCCGACUGGAGGCGCUAGUGGAGCCUAUGCUGUGCCUGGAGCAGCAGCCUCAGGUUCACAUCUGUGGAUGCCCAGCUGGGCAGGUUUGGGGCAGAAGAUGAGUAUGGGCAGCAGGGGGCUUGGCCUCUGGGGAAACGUGAGGCAGAGGCUUCCUGGGGAAGAGCCCUGAGGCCAGGCUUUGGGGCAUGGGUGCGUGAGUGAUAGGUGGACAGGCCAGGGAGGGCGCACGGCUAUCCAGGGUCCUUGGUGGCAGGGCUCAGCCCUGAGUGAACUUUUCCUGUCCUUCCUCAGGGCUUGUCUCUGGAUGAGGAGAGGCAGGCAUGUAUGUGGCCCCUCACUGCCUUCUCUUCCUACCCCUCCAGGCCCUGACCAAGAAUGACAGGAGCACAGAGGGGAAGGCCCACCGCGAGAAGCUGGAGCUGGUGGCCUCCUUCUCCUUCUUUGGCAACGUCAUGUCCAUGGCCAGCGUGCAGCUGGCAGGAGCCAAGCGUGAUGCCCUACUGCUCAGCUUCAAGGAUGCUAAGCUGUCAGUGGUGGAGUAUGACCCAGGCACCCACGAUCUGAAGACCCUGUCCCUGCACUACUUUGAGGAGCCUGAGCUUCGGGACGGCUUUGUGCAGAACGUGCACACACCUCGAGUGCGGGUGGACCCCGAUGGGCGCUGUGCAGCCAUGCUAAUCUACGGCACCCGGCUGGUGGUGCUGCCCUUCCGCAGGGAGAGCCUGGCUGAGGAGCAUGAGGGGCUCGUGGGUGAGGGGCAGAGGUCCAGCUUCCUGCCUAGCUAUAUCAUCGAUGUGCGGGCCCUGGACGAGAAGCUGCUCAACAUCAUUGACCUGCAGUUCCUGCAUGGCUAUUACGAGCCCACCCUGCUCAUCCUAUUCGAGCCCAACCAGACUUGGCCUGGGAGGGUGGCAGUGCGACAGGACACCUGUUCCAUUGUGGCCAUCUCACUGAACAUCACGCAGAAGGUCCACCCUGUCAUCUGGUCCCUCACCAGCCUGCCUUUUGACUGCACCCAGGCCCUGGCUGUGCCCAAGCCCAUAGGUGGGGUUGUGGUCUUCGCUGUCAACUCGCUGCUGUACCUGAACCAGAGUGUCCCCCCAUACGGCGUGGCUCUCAACAGCCUCACUAUGGGCACCACUGCCUUCCCACUGCGCACUCAGGAGGGCGUACGCAUCACCCUGGACUGCGCCCAGGCCGCCUUCAUUUCCUAUGACAAGAUGGUCAUUUCCCUCAAGGGUGGCGAGAUCUAUGUGCUGACGCUCGUCACAGACGGCAUGCGCAGCGUCCGUGCCUUCCACUUUGACAAGGCAGCCGCCAGUGUCCUCACCACCAGUAUGGUCACCAUGGAGCCUGGGUACCUGUUCCUGGGCUCGCGCCUGGGCAAUUCCCUCCUCCUCAAGUACACAGAGAAGCUGCAGGAGCCCCCAGCCAGUGCUGUCCGCGAGGCUGCUGACAAGGAAGAGCCUCCCUCCAAGAAGAAGCGGGUGGACCCCACAGUGGGCUGGUCAGGGGGCAAGUCCGUGCCACAGGACGAGGUGGACGAGAUUGAAGUGUACGGCAGUGAGGCCCAGUCAGGCACACAGCUGGCCACCUACUCCUUUGAGGUGUGUGACAGCAUGCUCAACAUCGGACCCUGCGCCAAUGCUGCUGUGGGCGAGCCCGCCUUCCUCUCCGAAGAGUUUCAGAACAGCCCUGAGCCAGACCUGGAGAUUGUGGUUUGCUCCGGCUACGGGAAGAACGGGGCCCUAUCGGUGCUGCAGAAGAGUAUCCGGCCCCAGGUAGUGACAACCUUUGAACUUCCUGGCUGCUAUGACAUGUGGACAGUCAUUGCCCCUGUGCGCAAGGAGGAGGAGGAGGCACCUAAGGCAGAGGGCCCAGAGCAGGAGCCGAGCACCCCUGAAGCAGAAGAUGAUGGCCGAAGACACGGCUUCCUCAUUCUGAGCCGGGAAGACUCUACAAUGAUCCUUCAGACUGGCCAGGAGAUCAUGGAACUGGACACCAGUGGCUUUGCCACACAGGGCCCCACGGUUUUUGCUGGAAACAUUGGGGACAAUCGCUACAUUGUCCAAGUGUCACCACUGGGCAUCCGCUUGCUAGAAGGAGUGAAUCAGCUGCACUUCAUCCCUGUGGACCUGGGUGCCCCCAUCGUGCAGUGCGCUGUGGCCGACCCCUAUGUGGUCAUCAUGAGCGCCGAGGGCCAUGUUACCAUGUUCCUGCUCAAGAGUGAUUCGUAUGGUGGCCGCCACCACCGUCUGGCACUGCACAAGCCCCCACUGCACCAUCAGUCCAAGGUGAUCACACUCUGCCUGUAUCGUGAUGUCAGCGGCAUGUUCACCACCGAGAGCCGCCUGAGUGGGGCCCGUGAUGAGAUGGGGGGCCGCAGCGGUUCAGAGGCCGAGGGACUAGGCUCAGAGACCAGCCCUACAGUGGAUGACGAGGAGGAGAUGCUCUAUGGGGACUCAGGCUCCCUCUUCAGCCCCAGCAAAGAGGAGGCCCGGAGGAGCAGCCAGCCCCCUGCUGACCGAGACCCUGCACCCUUUCGGGCAGAGCCCACCCACUGGUGCCUGCUGGUGCGAGAGAACGGCACCAUGGAGAUCUACCAGCUUCCAGACUGGCGGCUGGUGUUCCUGGUGAAGAACUUCCCUGUGGGGCAGCGGGUCCUGGUGGACAGCUCCUUUGGACAGCCUACCACGCAGGGUGAGGCCCGCAAGGAAGAGGCCACGCGCCAGGGGGAGCUGCCCCUGGUCAAGGAGGUGCUGCUGGUUGCUCUGGGGAGUCGCCAGAGCAGGCCCUACCUGCUGGUGCAUGUGGACCAGGAGCUGCUUAUCUAUGAGGCUUUUCCCCAUGACUCUCAGCUUGGCCAGGGCAAUCUCAAAGUUCGCUUCAAGAAGGUCCCUCACAACAUCAAUUUCCGUGAAAAGAAGGCAAAACCCUCCAAGAAGAAGGCAGAAGGUGGCAGUGUGGAGGAGGGGUCUGGGGCCCGGGGACGUGUGGCACGUUUCCGCUACUUCGAGGACAUUUAUGGCUAUUCUGGGGUGUUCAUCUGUGGCCCCUCACCCCACUGGCUCCUAGUGACUGGCCGGGGGGCUCUGCGGCUCCACCCCAUGGGCAUCGAUGGCCCCAUCGACUCCUUCGCCCCAUUCCACAAUGUCAAUUGCCCCCGAGGCUUUCUGUAUUUCAACAGACAGGGUGAGCUGCGGAUCAGUGUCCUGCCUGCCUACUUGUCCUACGAUGCCCCAUGGCCCGUCAGGAAGAUCCCACUGCGCUGCACGGCUCACUAUGUAGCUUACCAUGUGGAGUCCAAGGUGUACGCCGUGGCCACCAGCACCAAUACACCCUGCACCCGCAUCCCGCGCAUGACUGGUGAGGAAAAGGAGUUUGAGGCCAUUGAGAGAGAUGACAGGUACAUCCACCCCCAACAGGAGGCCUUCUCCAUCCAGCUCAUCUCCCCAGUCAGCUGGGAGGCCAUUCCCAAUGCCAGAAUUGAGCUGGAGGAAUGGGAACACGUCACAUGCAUGAAGACAGUGUCGCUGCGCAGUGAGGAGACUGUGUCGGGCCUCAAGGGCUAUGUGGCUGCUGGGACCUGCCUCAUGCAGGGAGAGGAGGUCACGUGCCGCGGGCGGAUCCUCAUCAUGGAUGUGAUUGAGGUGGUGCCCGAACCUGGCCAGCCCCUGACCAAGAACAAGUUCAAGGUCCUAUAUGAAAAGGAACAGAAGGGGCCUGUGACCGCCCUGUGCCACUGCAAUGGUCACCUGGUGUCAGCCAUUGGCCAGAAGAUCUUCCUGUGGAGCCUGCGGGCCAGUGAGCUGACGGGCAUGGCCUUCAUCGACACCCAGCUGUACAUCCACCAGAUGAUCAGCGUCAAGAACUUCAUCUUAGCUGCAGAUGUCAUGAAGAGCAUCUCACUGCUGCGUUACCAAGAAGAGAGCAAGACGCUGAGCCUGGUGUCCCGGGAUGCCAAGCCUCUGGAGGUGUACAGUGUGGACUUCAUGGUGGACAAUGCCCAGCUGGGCUUUUUGGUGUCUGACCGAGACCGCAACCUUAUGGUGUACAUGUACCUGCCAGAAGCCAAGGAGAGCUUUGGAGGCAUGCGCCUGCUGCGCAGGGCAGAUUUCCACGUGGGUGCGCAUGUGAACACGUUCUGGAGAACGCCAUGCAGGGGGGCCACUGAGGGGCCCAGCAAGAAGUCGGUGGUGUGGGAGAACAAGCACAUCACGUGGUUUGCCACACUGGAUGGUGGCAUCGGGCUCCUGCUGCCCAUGCAGGAGAAGACCUACCGGAGGCUGCUGAUGCUGCAGAACGCACUGACCACCAUGUUGCCCCACCAUGCUGGCCUCAACCCCCGUGCCUUCCGGAUGUUGCACGUGGACCGGCGCAUCCUACAGAACGCAGUGCGCAACGUGCUUGACGGAGAGCUGCUCAACCGCUACCUGUACCUCAGCACUAUGGAGCGUGGGGAGCUGGCCAAGAAGAUUGGCACGACCCCAGACAUUAUCCUUGAUGACCUGCUGGAGACUGACCGUGUCACCGCCCACUUUUAAGCAUGUGGAUGCCACCCUGCCCCCACACACUGCCUCCCCCUACCUUUUGUACAAAACAAGGAAAACAAAUUGUUUGAGA